AUGGCGAACUGCAAUUGCGAAUGUGCUGCUGUCAGUCUUGAAACGGUCAAUUUUGAACCACCCAGUGAUGAAAGUUCGGAGACAAACGAGAAGCAGGAUGAUGAAAGUCGCAAAUGUAAACGUCGUAAGAAGCGAAUGUUGACUGGUGUAAGCAGACAACGUCGCGCUGCAAAUGCUCGAGAGAGACGCCGCAUUCAGGGAGUAAACCGUGCUUUUGUACAACUCAAAAAUACUUUGCCACUUGCUCAAAUUGAUAUAUCAAAAUUUGAGAUUUUACAUUUGGCAGUGAAGUGGAUUGAUCACCUGCGGACAUUGCUUAAAGAUCAUGAGGAAAGGAAAGAAUUGUUGAACACAAAACAAUUGGAAACAUCACGACCAAACGAGUUUGUAAGUUUGGAUGAGAACAUGACUCCGGUGAAACACGACUGUCUUUAUCAUCAGUUCCCGGAUUUGAAAAAUACACUUUGGGAGGAAUGCAUUGGUUUACGUGGUAAGUGUUAUUAUUAUAUAUUGUUUAGUCAUUUAUAAUCCAUAAUUCAUAAACAUGCAUCUAGAGUAUGUAAUACUUUGCUACGAGGAUGAUUUAAAUAAGACUACUGCAUGAAUUGCCAUUGCAACGACAGCAAAUAUAGUUUUAGACGAUGUCCUCGCUCUGUUUAUAACGGUAAAAACAGAUUUGCACACCUUAUGUACAGCGCCUGUAUUUCAAGUCCCAAUUAGCGUAGAACUCAAAGAUUUUUUACCAAACUUUAUUUCAUGGAUUUGUUUUGGCCGUCGUCGUCGCGUUGCUGUCCUACAUGCAUGCAUGCUCAAGGUCCCUGUACCAAUGAAUGUACCUCAACACUAAACGUAGAGAAAGCGUUAAGUAUACAGUACAUUAGCCUGUGUUCCAAUCCAAUACAACACCGAUGCUAAUAGUAUAUAGGAAUAGUUUUGGUAGACAUUAUGAACACGAUAGGUUAUUUGCACAGGAAAAUAACAAUAGCAGGCUCUGAUCGUCGGUCUCGUCAUGGCAGUAAGCCCAAACAUAUAUAACCAAAUGUCUUAGGAUAUCUAACCAUUCUAAAGUAUUUAUUUUAGGAACAACAUAUCGUCUCUCCUUCCCCUUCUCUAAUUACUGUUGAAAGUUUCCAAAAUUUUCAGUUGUCCAUCUAGUGUAGGGAAGGAGCAUGCUGGAAAAAAGUAGAAUUUCUCCUUAAAAAUGUUUGUGGAAAAAUUAUUUAAAAACAGGAAAAUGUUGUGUUGUCAGGGUCUCCAUGCAGAGGACUGCCUGCACGUAACUCGUUGUUUUGAUCUUUUGUUUGCCUUCCCUCCAUCUUCUCAAAAUAAUCUCGUGUAUUUUCUAACAUGAUUUAACUAUUUUCUCCCGCAGAAUCCAUGGGAGGAGAAAAUGAAGGCUGUAUUCACAUCAGAAGUAACUCAAGGUUCGUUUCUUUAUUUUCACCACAUUAA